AUGGAUCUGGACUCGUUCUUCAGUUCAGUCAACGUCGCCGCCGUCUUCCUAAUUACGGCAAUAUCACUGCUUUUUCUCAAGAUAGUACUGAAAGCCACCUGGAGAUCAUGUUCGCAGAAGCUUCCGCCUGGGCCAUGGAGGCUUCCUGUGAUUGGGAGUGUCCACCAUCUGGCCGGCGCUCUGCCGCACCAUCGGUUCAGAGAGCUGUCGAGGAAAUACGGGGCGGUGAUGUGGCUUCAGCUGGGGGAAACGCCGACGGUUGUGGUGUCGUCGGCGGAAGCGGCGAAAGAGGUGCUGAGAACUCAUGAUGUGAUAUUUGCUCAGAGGCCUCAUCUUCCCGCCGCCGAUGUUGUGCUCUAUGGCUCCACCAACAUCACUUUCUCUCCUGUCGGAGACCACUGGAAGCUUCUCAGAAAAAUUUGCUCUCUAGAGAUGGUAAAUGCCAAGCGAGUAAGAUCAUUCCAACCACUAAGAGAGAAAGAAGUGUCAAGUCUGGUGACACAAUUAUCAGAACAAGCAAGAUCUUCAUCACUGGUGAAUCUCAGUGAGAAAAUCUACACCACCAUCUUUGAUAUCACUUCAAAGGCAGCUUUUGGGGAGAACUACAAAUCACGAGACGAGCUUUUCUUCAUCUCUGAGAUAAUGUUGAAGUCAUCAGAAAGCAGAAGCAUUUGCGACAUAUUCCCUUCGCAGAAUUGGCUCGCUGUGAUCUCAGGAAUGAAGCGCAAGUGGGAGACGAUGCAUCGCAUGGCUGAUACAGUUCUUGAGAAGAUAACAAGUGGAGUUGGAGCAACAUCAUCUAAGGUUGUCGGAGGUGAAGCAGAUUGUCUUCUUUCUGCUCUGUUGAACGCUAAGGAAGAUGGUAGUCUUACAUCAGACAACGUCAAAGCCGUCAUGUUGGUAAUUACUUAG